UUAACAUGUUUCACCGGCCUGUCAUAUGAUUUACAAGUCGUAUCCAUCCAUGCAACCUGACUGGGAGCAUCCUUCUACCAAUGCGUAACUUGCCAUUUUCCAACUUGUUUGCUGCCCACUCGAGCCUUUGCUCACCUUAUGCACACUCCAACCGCUUCAAUAACGCUGCACUUUUUCCAGCCACUUGAACCAUGUCGCCCAUGCCCGUGUCGUGUAGCUCUUGGAUAUAUGUCCAGCAGCUGCAUCAAUAACUGUCUGCAAUUAAAGACAGGCGCUCUAUGAGCUGCUUACGGCCGUUUGAACUAACGCAAUCUCUUGUUCGCUCGCAGAAUAAAUACAAUUCUGGCUUGGAUAUAUUUGACCGGCACUGGCACGUCCUUGCUUGAGGUAUGACAUGGACGUGUACCCAGCAACAAGUGCUGUUCUUCCAAACACCGGCGACAUCACUUGGACGAAGACGUCUUUGCCCUCUGACGUGCGGGCAAGCCUGGAGGUUCGGCGCUUGCACCUCGACAAGCGUGAGGCACAUUAAUUCUGGCCAACCAAAUCACGACGAUGUGGUCUCUCGUAUCAAGAUGCUACUCAGCCUUUCUCGGGAUAUGGCCAAGCGCGAUGUCAUCAAGCGGCUAUCGCAGUUUGUGGCAAACGUGACCCCCAUCACCGGCAUCAAUGAAGCAUGGACGACGCAUUUCGAUGACCGACCCCUUCCUAACAGCGCCGGAUAUCGUGGUAACCUUGAGAUCGCGCUUCGUUGCGUUCUUGGCAGGUCAUACGAGUCCGUCACUCUGGAAGAUAAGUACGAUGAUUCUGUAAAAGAAGUGGCCAAGCGCGCGCAAUCAGAGUGA